GCGAUUGGCUGCAGGGAAAAAUGGCGGCGGCGGUCGAGUUUCCAGAGCUGAAGGAGGUGAAGCGCGGUUUGAUGGCGGUGAGCGGUUUGUGCCGGGAACGAGGGCUGUUGCAAAGCGCCAAGUGGGCUUCAGAGUUGGCUUUCUCAUUGGAUCCUCUUCCUAAGGAUGAGCUGCCUCCUGUCCCUCCAUUAUCAGAGGAAGAUCUGGCAGAUUUAGAUGCCUACACUUUGGCCAAAUCAUAUUUUGAUUUGAAGGAGUAUGACCGAGCGGCAUAUUUUCUCAAAGGCUGUCAGAGUCAGAAGGCUUACUUCCUGUAUAUGUAUUCCAGAUAUCUGUCUGGAGAAAAGAAGAAGGACGAUGAAACGGUUGACAGUUUAGGCCCUCUGGAGAAAGGACAAGUGAAGAAUGAGUCUUUGAGGGAAUUGCGAGUGGAGUUGAGCAAAAAGCACAAAGCCAGGGAGCUGGAUGGAUUUGGACUCUAUUUGUAUGGAGUAGUCCUACGAAAGCUUGACUUGAUUAAAGAAGCCAUUGAUGUGUUUGUGGAAGCUACACAUAGUUUGCCGCUGCAUUGGGGAGCUUGGCUUGAACUCUGUAACCUCAUUACUGACAAGGAGAUGCUCAAGCCCAUGGUUCUGCCCAGUACAUGGAUGAAAGAAUUCUUCCUGGCUCACAUUUACACAGAGCUGCAGUUAAUUGAAGAGGCUCUUCAGAAAUAUCAAAACCUGAUUGACGCUGGCUUUUCCAAAAGUACUUAUAUCAUCUCUCAAAUUGCUGUGGCUUAUCACAAUGUUAGAGACAUUGAUAGAGCUUUAACCCUUUUUAAUGAGUUACGGAAUCAAGAUCCAUAUAGAAUAGAGAAUAUGGACACUCUAUCCAAUCUCCUGUAUGUUCGGAACAUGAAGCCUGAGCUGAGUUACCUGGCACAUAAUCUCUGUGAAAUCGACAAGUAUCGAGUGGAAACAUGUUGUGUGAUAGGCAAUUACUACAGUUUAAGAUCUCAACAUGAGAAAGCAGCCCUGUACUUCCAACGAGCACUAAAGUUAAAUCCUCGUUACCUUGGUGCCUGGACCUUAAUGGGCCAUGAGUAUAUGGAGAUGAAGAACAUAUCAGCAGCAAUUCAAGCCUACAGACAUGCUAUUGAGGUGAACAAAAGAGAUUACAGAGCUUGGUAUGGACUUGGGCAGACGUAUGAAAUCCUCAAGAUGCCAUUUUAUUGUUUGUAUUAUUACAGACGAGCUCAUCAGUUGAGACCCAAUGACUCUAGAAUGCUCAUUGCAUUGGGUGAAUGUUAUGAAAAGUUGAGCCAGCUAGCUGAAGCCAAAAAGUGUUACUGGAGGGCUUUUUCUGUUGGUGAUGUAGAGAAAAUGGCUUUGGUGAAACUAGCAAAAAUUCAUGAGCAGAUGGGUGAAUCUGAUCAAGCAGCUCAGUGCUACAUCAAAUAUGUCCAAGACAUCUGUGAUUGUGGGGAAAUUCUGGAGCAUCAUGAAAUGAGCACUGCAUUUCGGGCCUUGGCUCAAUAUUAUUUCAAAUGUAACCGGUGGGAUGAGUCAUCAGUCUGUGCACAGAAGUGUUGCGAUUACAAUGAUACUAGAGAAGAAGGAAAAGCUCUGCUCAGACAGAUUUCACAACUGCGAAACCAUGCUGAUGCAUCACCAACAACUGUGCCUGCUGAUGUAUCAAGGACAUUUGGCCCUGGAGUUAACACUCCCUCUACAAAAUUACCUCCACUCAAUCUUUCCUCCAUUACACCGUGAAA